AUGCGUACUCGUUCUUUGCAAUCUUCAAUCCACUGGUUACUGGUUAAUAUAACAUUUUCUGAUAUUAUUUUAGCUGGAUUUCUACUUCCAAGGUACGUGUUUUUGCAAUAUUUAAGCUACCCAGAGGGCGUACGCUCCGACAUUGUUUGUAAAUUAUUAUCCUCCCUGACGGUGUCGUGGGUAGGAAUUUACGCACAAGUCUUUACGUURAUCGUUAUUGCAAUCGAACGUUACGUAGUCAUCGUCCAUCGCCAUCGCGCAAGAUGGACCAAAACGACACUUAGGAUCGUAAUUGCUUCAAGUUGGAUCUACGCUAUCGGAUUCAAUAUUCCAGACUUGAUUUUCAUUCGCUAUGGCGAAGAARGGGGUGGCUGUAUAUACGCUUGGUCGCAAUCCGCUCAUGGAAURUGGGCGUUGGUACGCCUGUUUGCUUGUGGUCCGCUUCCUUUAGUGACAAUGGUUUUCCUCUACGUGCGUGUCGCAUACGAUCUUUGGAUCAAGAACMACAAUAUUGUUAUGGACACGGCACGCUUAGUAAUUUUGGCGUCACGCAAGCGUUUUACGAGGAUAGUGAUCACAAUCUCUAUUAUAUAUGGACUGUGUUUGAUUCCCAAUAUGACAAUAUGGCUGGUUGAUAACUUCAUCGAUGCCAUACCUAAUUUUUAUGUAUUAUUAGCCAUCUCACACUUGAUUCUUCUUUUAAAUGCUACUGUCAAACCAUUGGUUUACUGCAUUCAAAGYGAACAGUUCAGAAAAUGCAUGCUUGCAAUGCUUUGGAAGCAAAACUCUGUUACCGCUAUUGAAGCUCAAGAUUUCCGUACUGAAUACGGAAGCGAAUAUCCAAGAUCCGAGAGAUCRCUUGGCUCAAACGUUUACCAAACRCGACAGGCAAGCGGCAUCRYACAAGAGUCACACUAUGAACUCGAGAACUGCACGAAGCGGAGUCUGCAAAUGCGACAUAMCAACCGAUCGGUGUCUACCGUGUUUUCCGAAGAAUCAAACAAUGAUUCCAAUUACAAAGUAAACAACAGAUAUUCCAGAGCUAGCAAAGGAUCUCUGUUUAAGGACAMGUUUUACUAUAAAUCAAAAACAUCUUUUGCAAAUAAUUCCAAUAAYAUCAUAAACUUUGAUUCAAGUGACAGUGAAAGUGACGAUGACCUGAAAGAGCUUAAUAAGAUUMGAUAUGGUGGAAUAUGGCUAGGAUCAAAGGAAAACCCUGGAAAUGCAUGGCCAGAGGUUCAGUUUGUGUCACCAUCGACGUCGGAGMRACAUUCGGUGGAAUUGCACAACCCACCAGCAAGCUCCAUAAAUCAGGCUGCAACAUCAGYCAGUGAGCAUUGUGAAGAGGGURUUCCAGRUAGAUUACUGGAAAAACCGACGGUGAUCUCCAUUAGUGAAGCUAAGGAAGUUCAKRAAACAAGCGAAGAUCGCCAAAUGAAGCCUUUGGAAAGUGGAACAACGUCCAACAAAGAUAGCGAACCAACAAAUAAAUCAAAUAAAGACAACGAAGAAGAAAUGAAGGAAUUAUGGCCAAAAACAGAUUCAUCUGGCGAAGGCGAGGCCAAGCAUGCCAACACUGUACUGAAGAUGGAAGUGAUGUCAGCUUCUCAUACAAAAGAGAUUGCUGUGGAAACAACAGACAUUGGCGUCCAGCAAAAUAUUUCUGAAAAGAGGAAUAAAAACGGCAUAAACCCUGCACAGGCAGAGUCAACAGUAAUGGAGGACAACUCGCAAAAUACCGGACAAUAUUUUCCACAAGAAACGAUACUUAAUAAAACGUCUCUAAAUGACAUCCAUGAUGAAAGUAAAAAAGAUGUUUCAGGAUUGAAAAGCAAAGUCCAAAACAGCUCUGAGAAUAUAGACGAUACAACUCGGACGAUACCUAUCUCUUUGGAUGAAGAGGAAAAUGCUGAUACAAAUAAGGAUCUUAGUGCGAGUAUCAAGUCCAAAGCCGRURCAAACAUAGCAAACGGUGAUUUAYCCUCAAUAACYACAUCUCAAGCUCACUAUAAGUCUGAAAGGGAAUCACAUUUCGAAGAGACGCUAAGCACUAUAUCAGAGAAAGAGAUGGAGAUGACAAAAAGAAACGUAGAAGACCAGAAACAACAUUUGGAUCAACAGAGGGACACUGGCAUGAACGCGGGUGCAUCCUUGGAAGACCCCCGUGAAAACUCUCCAUCAUUUCCAAGACAAGAUCAUGAUGAACUACAGAAUCAGUUCGGAGGGRUAUGGUUAGGACCCGCSAACCCUGGAUUGAGCUCGGAGAAUGAAGAAGCUCUAAUCGACAUAAACUUCACUUCAAGUGGAAGUCAGAAAAUUCAGGAUGAUUAUGGUGGAAUUUGGAUGGGAAAUAUUCAAAGUGAAGAUAUAAAUGCCUCGCUGGAAGCUAAGAUUGCACUCGAGGAUAAUAAAGAAGGAAUGGGAGACGGACAAUAUUUUGAAGCAAGACGAAAUAGCGCUCUCAAUAAAAGAGCGAUGCAAACUGCCGAAGAUGAAAAAAAUCAAAGAGAGUUUACAAAGAAGGAGCAUACAAUUGAAACAGGCUUAUCACAAGAUGAAAACAUUAAUGAUCGUGUUGGAUUAAACAACGACAUGCCAGUACAACAGAAUAAUACGAGUUCAAAUAGUUCAGAAGAGCAAAAGCGUGAAGAACGUGAAUCAGACAACAAAAUGAACAGUGUAAAUCAACUCAAAGAAGCCGAAAGUACAUCUUCCUUCAAUCCUGUUUCAUACAGUGGAAGCUCUGCACCAAAGAAACCCACAAAAAAGACUACGAAAGCUGGUCAAACGAAAACUCCAGCUUUAAAUAAAAUCAAAGGGAUAAAACUUCAUUUAAAAACAGCGCCGAACUCUAUAWAUCCAUCAGAAAAUCUUACUGAUGUCCCAAGGAAAGAGGCUAAAUAUAGCAAAGGAAAACAGGUUUGGCUACGUGAAAAAGAUAAACUUAAARUGAUGAACAGACUCAAAUAUUUAGACAUCAACUCGUGAGAAAAUGAUGAAUUCAGCUCGCUGCCUGCACAAUUAAAGUAUCCUUAUGAAAGGGUUAUGGUCCACCAUCAUCCCUUGCGAGCUUUUGUUUGCAUCGAAUUAUAAACAAAAACUAACUCUUUAUUGUCUCUUUAUGCUAUAUAAUGGAGAUUUUUCAUUAUUCGACCGUAAACCCUAGAAUGGAAAAGCUUUGCGAAUUUGUAUUUGAAGUCACAGAAUUUCCCAUAUAUGAAAAAUUCAAAAGACGACUGCAUUGAAUGCUGGGAGGUCGUAGUCCUUUGAUAGGAGCAAUAUAGUGCAGGAAACAAGUUCCAUCUCCACAGUAAGAAGUACGGGAAACACGGAUUUUCCGGUGUCUGAGGCAAUUUCAUUUAAUCUAGACGUCAAUACUCCUUCCAGUAGUAGUAGAUUGAUGCUGUUAAAACAGUGAUAAAGUGUUAGUUCCCUGACCUCCUCAGAAAUUGCGUACCCGGGAUUUCAACUGAUUGACGCAUUAGUAUUAAAUAUUGCAAAGUAUUGCACCCUUUUUUUUGUUGGUUCUCUACAAUUUUGACUUUAUUUCAUUGUAAAUAAUUUAAUGUACUACUUUACAGGAUUAUAAAAACAGGUUUAUUAAACAAACAACAAAAAAAUUGCAAUUCAGUGAAAUGCGUACUGUUUCUAGAAAGUUCGUUUUCUAAUACUGAGUAAGUUUUUUGUAAUUCUAUUUAUAUACAUUAUUUAGUCUUUGCAAAAAUUCUGAUAGGGUGCAUCAUGGGUAAUAUCACGUGAUUUUCUUUUUUUUUCUCACUGAAAGACCUCAAACAGAUCGCUAAUCAUUCAAAUAAUUUGAAAAUCUGUAUAUUUAAGAUUAUUCAAGCAUAAUCUGUAGUUUUAUGACAAAUKAAGGGUUCAAAUUCGAUCUAUCAGCAAUACCUCAUAGUGUUGAUAUUUUUUUAAUAAGUUAGCAGCCAGAAUUUCUUCGGUCUGU